UGGUUGCACGCCGUCCGCGCCGCCCACCGUCAAACCAUCCCUUAUGCCAUAACCUCGUUAACUUGAGUGACGUAAAGCAUUCUUAUAACUAACCGUGGAUAGUGAACGACAAUCGGGGACGUGGCAUCGCUACUUUUAAACCAGUGUCCGCGAACCUUUUAAAGAUAACCUUGUUCGCUGCAUUUAUUAUUCAGUGGCUGCGCUAAGCUAUAGUCAGGAUGGCGCCCUUUACAGGUAACCAUGAAGAUCCCCAACGUCAACGAUAACGGAAAUGUGGUUGUGGAUGAUGUAAACGUAAUAUCUGAGGAUAUUAACAACAUAAGUUGGUUAGAUUCAAACAAUAUAGAAUCAAAAAUAAAUAAUAGUGUAGAAGAAAACAUUCAAUUCAACUUAAACCGUAACAUAUAUUCUCCUGAUAUUGUAGCGAACAGAAAAUUAAGUUCAAAACCACUAAAUAAGGAGGAAAACGAAUCAGAACCUAUUGUAUGUAACAUACAAUAUAGAUUAAAUCAUAAUAAAAUAGAAUAUUCACAUAUAGGUAAGGACAGUGUUGAAAAAAGAGAGAAGACAAAUUUAUGUUGUCAAGAGAGUUCCACUGUCGAUGCUAAUGUGUCAACAAAUACAACACCUGCUGAUGAAGAACGAGCUUUCGAUCUUUCGGACUCUGAUGAAAUGUCUGAAAAGAGUAUACAUCCCGUGCCUCGUGGAAUCGUAAAUCCAAACUAUCCUGGCUUUCAGCACUUAGCUCAUACUUUACAGGAAUAUUCGUCAAAUAUUGAGCCCUACUAUCAUUCGGAAAAUGACAUGACGGACGACGAUUUGGAUGCAGAUAUUAUUGAAUCAAAUUACAAUGUUACUAAGCAUUUUAAUAAUGAACAACUUAAGGGAGAUAACAAUAAUGAAGAAAUUAAAUGCGUAGAAAAAGAAAAUGUAAACAAAGAACAAGAGAUAAAAAAAUCUACAUGUACUUCUAGAAACGACAUUCCAGAUCUUUUAAAAACUAUAUCACAUAAUAAUAAUAAUGUCGAUUCAGCAAACUAUGAUUUCAAUUGUUCGACCACUGAUAUAGAAAACAAUUUUCACACAACGGAUAUCAUAGGUGACUUUAAUAAGGAAGUUGAAGAUGAAAUAAGGCACUUAUUGAACUACAAUAUAAAUAUCGAAGAUGAUUUAGAAGAACUUAGAAAAGAUAUAAAAGAAACUUUUGUGAAACCAAUAGAAACCACAAUUAAUAACAUAAGUGACGUAGUAAAUCACGUCAUAAAAAAGCUAGUAGAAAACGACGGUUACGAUAAAAACGACACUGUGUCACCCGACCUUGUCAAUGACCAUGAAAUGGAAGACGUUACUAAUAUCAAUAAAGAAAAUGAAUGUAAUACAAGGACCGAAAUGAAUAUAAGUAGACCAACAUUUUUAUUAAUCGAUAAUAAUGUUGGAAACAAAAUAACUGAUGCUAUUUUGUCUGAUGGAAAAGAUGAAAUUAAUAUUUACGAGGAGGAAUACGACACGGAACAGCUGAGCCAUAAUGUUGAAAACACAAUUAAGCAAUUAAGUACUGAGCUAAGAAAAAUUAUCCCAAAACUGAAUGAAAUGCGAGAACGCGAUAAACUAUGGGCUGAAAAUAAAAAAGAUAUACCUGUUAUUACUGAUGGAAAUUCGAAUAAUAUACUACCUUGCUCCUCGAAUCGUAAUUGUGAAACAAGCACACGAUCCCGCCAUCAUGAAGAUAGUAUCAAAAGGAGCACACAAAAUAAGCUAAUUUCGAAAGUUAAUCAACAUUCUAUUAAGACUUAUGUUGAAUCAAAAGUUAGACAGAAUUUUACAAAAACUGUACCAAAAUGUCAAAAUGCGUCCGUCCGUAAAAACGAUCAGAUUGAAUCAGAUUUGGAUAGUUUCGAUGUAUAUAAUAUUGAAACAGCGUUGCCUAAGUUAGAUUUUGAUACAAUCGAAAGCCACCUAAGAGCAGCUAAAGAUGCUGAAAGACGUAAGCGCAAUGACAGAGAAGAGAUCAGGAAAAGAUUGGCUAUGGGUGUUGAUACUGAUGAGUAUUAUAGUUUAGGUCAUAUAGAUCGACCGGGAAAGAAACCCAGCUUACAUUCAAGACUACAAAAUGGGAAAAAUCUACAAAUAUGUUUUAUGAACGAAACUGCAUCUGACAAUGAAUCUCAAACGUCAGACAUUGAAAGAAAUUUCAACUGUAAUAGUAAAAGUUCUUCAAGAUCAAGUUUAUUUAGCAAGAACAAUUUCAAUCAUCCGUACCAAACGAGACCACUCUCAGUAAAUAUUACAAAACAUGAGAAAAAUACAAAUACUCAAAGUGGUGCAAAGACACGCCCGACAUCUCUAAUGCUUAAAUCUUCUAAGUCACGAUCAACACAAUCCCUCGGUCAAAUUGAAUUCAAAGAGUCAGAUUUUUUUGCUUUACAAGCAACACUUCAAACAGAAGCUAGGAUAGCAUUGGCUCAGGCUAAGGAAAUGGCUCGUAUACAAAUGGAGCGCGAGCGUCGCACGCGCGCCGUGUCGCCGGUGACGGAGAUGUUGCGUCGCAGCAUGGAGAAGGCGAGCGCGCCGCUCGCGACCGACCGGCGCCGCGUGUCGCGACAUCUGCUCACCGACAUGAACAUCGCACAGUUGCAGGUGAUAGUGAACGAACUUCACUCCCAGAUCGAGGCUUUGAACGACUCUCUAGUGAAGUUGCUGAUGGCUCGUGACGAACUUCACAUGGGACAGGACUCCAUGCUUGUGGAUAUUGAAGAUCUCACCCGAUACUUAGGUGUUAAAGAGCAGACGAAGAAGACCAAAGGCACUACUAAGUCCGGAGUUAAGAGGCUCACGUCUUUAGUGCACAAAUAAAUACACGAUAUAAUCUUAGCUACGUUUAUUUCUAUUCGUUAAUGUUAAUAUUGGUCUCUAAUUGUAUUGCCUUAAUCAUGUUUAAUCAAUUAUAUUAUAAAGCUAUCGACUCUUAUUCUUCAAGAAAUACAUUGACAAUGUAAUAGUUUCAAAACAUCAUAAUGAAGGUAGUUACGCAGUCUCGACGUAAGGCGUUUGAAUAAAUAUAUCAUAAUUUCCAUAUACAUAUGUAUGUAACAUAUAUAUUUAUAUAUAAUAUUAAAUUAGCUCCAAUAUAGUACAAUUCAUGUCUCGUAAUUAAAUAAAGUUAAUCUGAAUCGAUGGAACUUAUUGUGUUUAGGGAAGUUUACUUUAUUAUUGUUGAUUUGUUAUUAUAAUGUUUCGUCACGUUUUGAUAAAAUUUAAUUCAUUCUUAAAACACAAUAGGUAAAGUCUGGGCGGUGAGAGAAUGCAUUUUUGAUGGGUCCGUGAUUGAAUGGACGACGAAGAAUUACGUUUAAAUAACAAUAACAUUAAAAACUUUAAAAUUACGCCAACUUUCAAGUAAUUUUAAUUAAAUUAUAUUUAACGUUAACGUGAAAAUUUAUGUCAAAUGUUUAUGUUCGUAUCACUGAUCAUAUCAACUGACUGACGUCAGGAAAGCAAUCUCUCGACGGCCGGACUCAAUAUCACUAUAAUUAAAUGUACCUGCGGUAUUUGUAUUAGCAAUAUCUUAAGUGCCAUUAAGUACGUACGGACCCGCCAUUGUACCGCAUGUGUGUUUGAACAUUAUUGUCAUUAACAGUGAUUGGAAGAGGUGCAUUACAUUGAAUACAAAGAUAUUCGGGAUGCUGGAUUUUCUUGAAAUUUAAUGUUAAAUAAGCUUGUAAAAUCAACAUGAUUAGCAAUUUCCAACCGAUUUUGAGAUCAUAGGACGUCAGAAUUUCCAAAAAAAUUCCCCAAAAUUAAAAACACGUGUUACAUUAUAUAAAGUAUGAUAUAACAUAAAUAUUACCUAUAUAACCGUUUUUCAUUUUGGGGAGAUUUUUUUAUUUGUCUAUCCAGGAAAGCACCGUUUCUAUAGAAAUAAAAUAAUUCAAAGUUGUAACAGCUCUAUGAUGUGUCUUGUUAAAACCUAUUCCGAUCACCGUUUAUCACAGAUCACCUAAACCUUAACAUUAGCUAUAUAUAUAAAGUUUGUAUAAUUUCGUUAAAAUGUGUUACAUUUAUAAUAUUUGUAUAUAAGGUUCCUUGAUAUUUCGACUAGGACGCUAUUACGGACAGUCUUCGUUUUACGUCGAUCCGUUUUACGUGAAACAUUCGUUUCACACCAUUCCUUGUAUAUAAUAUUUGGUCACCAUCGUACACUUCAAAAGUUACUAUUGUUUUACUUAGUGUUGAAUUCGAUUUACUAACAACAGUAACAAUAAAAUGGAUCUCGUUGUACUAAUUUAAUAGAUUCUAUGUACUAACACGAUUACCCUAAUGAAGUAGAUCUCGUUUCGUUAUUAAGAAAGUGCUACUAAUAUUUUAAUUGAUGGUUUUAAAUACCAUUUACUAACAACAGUAAAAUAUUCGUUUCGUUUUACGUUAAAUAUCACCUGUAGCUUGCCUAACGAUUAAAUUCGACAUAGUAACAUCAUGAAUAUACUAUCGUUUCAUUUCCGUUACAAGAAGUAACAAGUAUACAAGUGUUUUAGUCAUCGACGACGUAAAACCCUGACUGCCAGUAUCUUAUAUCUAGUUGUAUAUUCAAUUGUCCGCUUUAAAAUAGACAUUAGCUCAUCUAGGGUAUAGCGUAUAUUUGUGAUUUGCAAAUUAGAGAAAUAUUUUUUCAUGAUAGUGCUCAUUUAAUAGAAUAGUGAAUUUCACGCCUGCAAGGCUAACGGCGACGAUCACAGGGUGGACAAAUAUUAAUCUUCCGGCUUUACUUGAGAUGGAAAAAGUUAGAUAUUUAUUCGUCUUUUAUUUGAAGAAUUACAAUAAUUAAUUUAAAAAAAACAUACUAUCCAGUGUUUAUUUUGUGUUGAAUGGAAUGUCUUCAUAAUAAUCACGUGAGUGUUAUUAAAUUCGAUAAUACACCCCUAAAAUUAUUUAGAUAUAAAGAGCACAUACCGUCUAUAUAAUGGUUGUGCUAUAAAUGUCGUUCCAACGUAUUCUAAUAUCAGCUCGAGAGUCUCAAAUAGUAGAUAUCUUUAAAGCUUAGAAAUCUUAUAAUAGAUAUACACAUAGUUAAGCACAUACACGUAUUCGAUGUUAAAGAUUCUGUUAAAAAAUUGGACAAAACUAAGCGCAUACAUUCCAAAUAAAUUAAGAUGAAAUAUAACGAACAUAGACAAACUUUAUUAAUCCUGUUUAUUGAUAGAAUUAAAAUGAAUUUAUGAUAACAUUACUCCUGGCAUGUUGUUACAGAUAAAAUUCUCCUAUUAUAAACUUAGAAAUGAAUUUUAACUGUUAGUACAAGAUUUAUGUGAAUAUAUGGUCGCAAAAUUUUUAAAUGAUUCGUAUUUAUACCGUUGUUUUAGUCGUCUUGAUAUGUUUUUGUCGGUCGAUGUAAUUUAUACGUGAUACUUCAUGUACUUGUUCCCUUCUAUUCCCAGAGCCAUGAACUCUAUAUUAGUCAUAUGAAUGUCUUUCAUGAACAUCAAUUAUUAUCAAAACAUAGUUCAGCCUUCGAGGAUUAUAUCAAAGUUCGUAGUUAAACUGAUUUCUUCAAAUCAUAUCUGUAAGUAUUUGUCUAUGGUAUAAAAUAUGGCGUCCAUUGAUGCGCGCUUUUGCGGAUAAAUCUAUGCUAAUUCCUAGCCAAAAAGAAGCUAUAAUCUUUUAAAAUUUAAAUAUAGCUUCUAGAACUAAUAUUCUGCGGUAAUAUAUGUAUAUCAAUAAAGUCUUUAAAAUAAUCUUGAAACUAAAAUAAUAAAUAUAAAAACACGAGUAAGCCUUUCGAAGUAACUUUAAUAAUAUACGUAAUUGGUGUAAAAUUUUUGUCAAAAUGUUGCAAAAAAAACUUGUAUUUACUUGAAUGUAACAUGAUAUUAUCAUUCUGAAUGUAUCAUAAUAACAUUUCUUCAAAAGACACAACGUUCUUCUCAAAACAAACUACCAAUUUGUAUCAUACGUAUGUAUAUUCUGUUUUGCGCGAAAAAGAGACAGAAUAUAUCUUACGAAUAAGAAAAGCAUUGUUGCUGAAAAGAGAUACAUAUAUAACACAAUACUCCUGGCAAACUUUCAUCUUGUAUGAUAAGUUUUUAGUGUUUAAUGUGUCUUGAGAUAAAACAUUGUUGUGAUAAUAGUUAUUGAAGUAAAACUUUUUUGUGUGCGAUGAGAACAAAAUUCCAAAUUUAAAUGCAUCCUUGUGAUAAACUUUUCUAACUCAAAGAGGUUUUACUUCUGUCACGUGUAGUGAUUUAAGUUAUUUUUUUAAUAUCAUCAAACAUUUUUGUUACAAAUUUUGACCAAUAAAAAUGUAUUGUUGACAUUAUUUAUAAUACUUUUUUAGUGUGUAUUGUAUGUGUUUGUAAAAGGUAUCUAAAAACAAAGUAGUCUUAAGAUACUUUCUUCGAAUUUAUUUUUAUUUUUUAAUGAAUUUCUUAAUGAUAUUAAUUUAACAUUAGUUUUACUCUUUACUGAAGUUACCAUUUUCUUUGUAUGUAUUUUCGAAUUUUUAGAAAAAGAUUUCCCUCUCUGAAAACUUUGAUUUCAUCUUUCAAAUCGAUAUUUUUAACAAAAUGAAGUUAGUUUUUCGAUAUGUAUAUACAACCAGCUUUUUUUACUAAAAAAAAGUUCUUAAUCCGGUCUAUAAUGUGUUCGAAACUAAAAUAUUAUUCAUUAAAAUUUGGAUUUCCACUCAAAGCAAUACAUAUCGUUGUUUAAACUAAACGUCGUAACAACUAAAUAUAUGAUUUAUCACAAACUAAAAAAAAAAGGUUCAUUACAAUAU